AUGGCGGAAGCCGCGGCCACGGGUGCCAGCGGAGAGACGAUGGCGGCGAUGGCGGUAGCGGAAGGUACCUCAGGCCCUGCGGGCUUGAGUCUGGGUCGCGGCUUCUCGAGCUACCGACCCUUCGAACCCCAGGCGUUGGGUCUGAGCCCGAGCUGGCGUCUGACGGGCUUCUCCGGCAUGAAGGGCUGAGGCUGCAAAGUCCCGCAGGAGACGCUGCUCAAACUCCUGGCGGGACUGACGCGGCCCGACGUGCGCCCCGCGCUAGGCCCGGGCCCUACCGGAGGCCAUGAAGAGGCAAUCCAGGAAGGCGGCCUGCCCUCUGGGACGGAACCCAGUCCACCCUUCCCAGUCCUGGGCAUUGGAAUAGACUCCUGUGUUAUUCCACUGAGGCACGGAGGUCUGUCGCUGGUGCAGACCACGGAUUUUUUUUACCCCCUGGUGGAAGAUCCCUACAUGAUGGGGCGCAUAGCUUGUGCCAAUGUGCUGAGUGACCUUUACGCCAUGGGCAUUACUGAAUGUGACAACAUGUUGAUGCUCCUCAGCGUCAGCCAGAAUAUGAGUGAGGAGGAACGCGAGAAGAUCACACCACUCAUGAUCAAAGGCUUUCGAGAUGCUGCUGAGGAAGGAGGCACUGCAGUGACUGGUGGGCAAACGGUGGUCAACCCUUGGAUUAUCAUUGGUGGAGUGGCCACCGUGGUUUGUCAGCCGAAUGAGUUUAUAAUGCCUGACAGCGCAGUUGUUGGAGAUGUGCUGGUGUUAACCAAACCUUUAGGAACCCAAGUUGCUGUCAAUGCUCACCAAUGGCUGGAUAAUCCUGAAAGAUGGAAUAAAAUAAAGAUGGUAGUCUCCAGAGAAGAGGUAGAGAUGGCCUAUCAGGAAGCUAUGUUCAAUAUGGCUACCCUCAACAGAAUUGCUGCUGGCCUAAUGCACACAUUUAAUGCCCACGCAGCCACAGAUAUCACAGGCUUUGGCAUUCUAGGACAUUCUCAGAAUCUUGCGAAACAACAAAGAAAUGAGGUGUCCUUUGUCAUUCAUAAUCUGCCAAUCAUUGCUAAGAUGGCUGCCAUUAGCAAAGCCAGUGGAAGAUUUGGGCUCCUUCAAGGAACUUCAGCUGAAACCUCAGGAGGACUUCUGAUUUGUCUGCCAAGAGAACAGGCGGCCCGUUUUUGUUCCGAAAUCAAAUCUUCCAAGUAUGGAGAAGGUCAUCAAGCAUGGAUCGUAGGUAUUGUAGAAAAGGGAAACCGGACGGCCCGGAUCAUUGACAAGCCUCGAGUUAUCGAAGUUCUACCUCAGGGGGCCACUGCAACUGCUCUUGCUCCUGACACUUUCAACGCCUCCUCUGAGCCUACCUUAUGA